AUGUCUUGUUGUGACUCGAUGCAGACUGUUGUAUUGUUUGCAGGUGACGAUGAGUGGGUGUCAUGCAUUGUCCAUGAAUCAGCUCAACAGCAGGAAAGGACCUGUGAUGCCGAUAAAGACACUGAAAAAAGUAGCAUCGACCAAAGUGCUGUCAAAGAGCAAGUAAAUGAUACCAAUGAAACUAGCACAAUAAAACAUAACACCAAAGCAACCAGCCCGAACGAAGAAAUCAUAUUAAUUAGUAAAGAACACAGUGAAAUUAACAAAAAAAUGUUAUUCCUUCAUGUUCACGACCAACUUGCUAACAUGUGGAAACCAAAUUGUGCUGUCAUGCAGCAGCUUAUCAAAUGUUUUCUCACUGGAGAUACUGCUUCUGCACUGGCUCGAUGUUACGAACUAUCACGUUUAGAUUAUUGUAAUUCUCUUCUCUACGGUCUUCCCUCCUACUUUGAACUUUACUUUAAAGAGCUGAAAAUAGAGUUGCAAAAAAUUGUUCUAAAUAUCGGUAAUUUAUUUUCCAGCACAGAUUCACUCAUUCAAUUACAUUGGUUACCACUCUCUUUCCAUAUGGAAUGUUCGCCUGCCAUCAUUCGGGAACAACCAACCAUCAAACUUUUCAGGAAACGAUUAAAGAAUUUUUUGUCUAUCCAAGCCUACGGAAAGGCAGUGAAUAGUUUAGCAUCAGUUGGAUUGUUGCUACUGCCGAACAUCCAAUCCCUGAUGCGGACAAACUCUGGCCAGUCAGCAGGCUUCAUUGAUUUGUACAAGGAAGCGUAUAUGCAAAUAUGCAAACUCAUACACAGAGACAAACAGGCAGACAAAGGCAGACGCAUAAAGACACAUACGAACUGUGUAUUGUCGGAGUCGGAUGAAAAAAAUUUUUCCAUUUUUGCGUCAUAA